GUCAGUUUGACAAUUAUGACGUUUAAACUGACAACUUUUACUUGAAAAUAAAAAAGUACGUGAAAGUUUUUUAACAAUUCAAUUUUUUACAAAAUACAUUUGCAAAUAAUGUGCAAAAUUUAUAGCUAAAUUUAAAAAUUCUUAGAAAAAUCGAUUGCCAUUACAAUAACAACUGCAUAAUUAACAAGAGCAACAACAAACGUGAUUAAAUGUGUGUUCAAGUUUUAAGUUAAAAGUUAAGUUAAAAAUUCUAGUGGUUUCCAAUGAAGAACGAUUGCAAAAGGAGAAAUAAAAUAAAUAAUUAAUAAAAACAAAUAUAAAUAGAAUAAUAAACAAAUACAAUAACAACAAAAGUCUACAGCAAGAAUAAAUUUAUAAAAGAUAAUAAAUACAACAAAAGAGCAGAAAGUACUUGUACUUUGUAAAUUUGCAAGAAUGAAAUCAAAAGUUUUGUGCUUAAUCAUUUAAAAUUGCAAUAAAUCAAAUUGUUAGUGUAUUUUCAAGUAAAUAACAAAAUAAAUAAAAAUCAAUUAAGAAAAGUUGUUUUCUAAAAACGCCCUAUAGAUUAUUUUUGGAAAAAACAAGUUUCCAUUACAAAUUUAAACUUGACAAAGCAGCUGCAUAAAUAUUUGUUUAUUUUCGCAAAAGAGUCUUACAAAAAACAGUCAAUCUUUAGAACAGUAGUAAUAAUUAUUUAAUUACAACUAUAAUAAAACUACAAUAACAAUAAAAUCCACAACUAGUACAUAUUGUAUUCCCUAAUUGACCGCCAGUCCCCUGUCAAGGUUAAUCUGACAAACAGAUAAGAAAAGAACAACGGCAACAACAACAAACUACAAAAAAUAUUCAUACGUAUCAAAACUAAACCAGAGCGGGUGGAGGAACUUGACGCCACCACACACACACCACAUACACUCGGUGUAUUUAUUUUUUUUUUUUCUUGAACAAAUGUCAGUCAGCAUUAUUUUUCUCAUUCUAUCAUCUUUUUCUUUUUGUUGAAAAUUGUAAAUAGUGUGAACACCACCGAGUCAACUACAACAACAAACUAACCUAAUUAUGAGAAAGGGCAAUACAAGGACAUUUCAUGGUAAAUUGUAACCAGUGUCUUAAGAAGGAAAUCAACUAGCAAACGAAACAUUUACUGCUCAAAAAUCUAGACAAGUGACUCAUUUAUAGAGUAGACAUAAAUAGCUAAAAAUAGCAGAAACGAAAAGAGACUAGCAUAUGGAUUCUCAACAAGUGUUUUUGGUGCCGCAAGUACCGCCACUACCCCCCGCCUCUAGUAAAGUCCACCAGCAACAGCAGACAACUACACAAAUGUUGCAGCAACAACAGCCACAACCGCCACAGUGUAGUAUUUGUGGUACAACACAAAAACUUUUACGUUGUGCCAAAUGCAAAGCCAUCUACUAUUGCUCCACAGAUCAUCAACAUCUAGACUGGCCCACACAUAAGCAGGAAUGUCGUGCGUUGGCUAAACAAAGGCAAAUAAACAAUCGCCUGCAGCAGCUAACCAAUGGCUGUGGUGCCAUUAACAUCAAUGCCCACUCUAAUUCCUGCAACAGCACAACCUCAAGUUGGUCUUCAAACUACCCUAGCACACCUGCCAAUGACAAUUUGCAUCAACAGCAACAAAAUUUUAAAUCCAAACAACUUGACGGCUCCUUUGUGCUUGGCACUCAUGAAAAUGAAAUUCUUAAUAGUAAAGCCGAAUCAGUAACACAGAAUUCAAAUAGUUCCGAGUAUAUGGGUAAUAUUGAUGCCAAUUCCACCACUACCGAUCAAAUGCAUAAUAUUAUGGCACCAAAUCCUUUAGAUCCUUCUUAUGGACUCGGCAGUCAAUCAUACAAUGACAAUAACUACUAUUAUCAAACUAUGCCUACCCAAUUAGACAAGGGACAAUUAGAUCAAAAGUUACUAAGUCAAUUAGAGCAAAGUCAAUAUAAUCAAAGUGACACUUUAGUGGGAACUACUUAUGCUCCACCUCCCCCUAUACUGGAUCAACAGCAGCCUUAUAAUAAUCUUCAGCAAAUGCCUGCUCAUCAACAGUCACAGCAAACAGUUUAUAUGCCUCAGCCCCAAACUGCGCAACAAUAUCCUGUUCCCCAACUUAGCAACUAUUUAAUUAAUCAACAUGAGAAAAGUUCCAGCUAUCAAAUUGGUGCUGCUGUUGUCGAUGAGAAUCUCUUCGAAAAUGCCAAUUAAUGUGUGGCGUUUACGUUGAUGGAAUAGCUAUUGGACCCUGCAUAGAAAUUAUCAUAUGUAUUAUAAAUGGAACAUAAAACACAUUAAUAAAGAUUUAUGAUCUUGAAAAUUAUGUUAAAAAAGACCAAUGUGGACAGUUUAGAAAAAUUAAAUAAAAUGUGCUAAUGCUGUAGACAUCUCAUGUUAAAAACGCUAAUUAGAGUUCUGUCGCGAUAGCAAAUGUUGGCUGGGUACAUGUUUGAA